UGCGUCGAGUUGAUCCCCGCCUUUUGCUUUCGGACAGUGGCUUUUGCAUAGAUCAGCUGCUUACCCCACCCCCAUUUCCCCAUCAACUCGACCUUCUUGCCAGCUGGUGUCGUAGGGGAAACGCUUCGCAAGUAAGUCUCCAAGUGGUCGCCGGGCAAGAAGUGCCGAUUGGGGCUUGGUCAUUCUCACCAUGCCAUAGCGCUUAACAUUUCGCUGCACAACCGUCGAGCAGGAACCUACUCGAACACAUUCUGAUAAGCCUCGACGGCGUAGGACAUCGAAUACGCAUAGUGCUCGCGAAGCUGUAGGGUCAAUACCAUAGGAGGAUAAUAGUUGCUCUCUAUAGAGGCUGCAUUUCGAAAAGAACUCUUUACGCGCCGUGCGAAAUUCGCCAUCGUUGCCGAGAGUCACAAUGGAGGGCAUCCUGGACUUCAGCGGAGACUUGGAUAUAGGUCUCUUCGACCGCGUGGUCAAUGCCAUGUUUGUUUAUGGGCCUGAGCAAACUGUCGCCAACACGGUGCUAGAGCAAUUUAGGCAGCAUCCGGACGCAUGGAAGAGAGUUGACGCGAUUUUGGAGCGCUCCCAAGUCCUGCAAUCGAAGUACAUAGCCUUGUCCAUACUUGAGACCUUGAUAAAGAGCAUGUGGAGGAUUCUGCCAGAAGACCAAAGAGCAGGGAUAAAGAACUUUGUCGUUGCCUUCAUCAUCAAAAACUCGUCCGAUGAUGAAACUCUUGAAAAGAAUCGGCUGCUACUUGGAAAGCUCAACAUCGUCUUGGUGCAAAUACUGAAACAAGAAUGGCCGCACAACUGGCCUACGUUCAUCCCGGAACUUGUUAGCUCAAGCAAAACGAACCUUUCUCUGUGCGAGAACAAUAUGAACAUCUUGAAGCUGCUGAGCGAGGAAAUUUUCGACUUCUCGGCGGAACAGAUGACCUCUACGAAAGCCAAGAACUUGAAGGACACCAUGGGAGCAGAGUUUUCGGAGAUUUUUCAGAUCUGCCUUGAGGUUCUCGAGAAGGCACGAAAGCCCAGCUUGAUCAAUGCAACAUUAGAAACAUUGCUGAGGUUUCUCAACUGGAUCCCCUUGGGCUACAUUUUCGAGACGAACCUAGUCGACAUUCUCAUGAAGCGCUUCUUCAUCAUGCCCGAAUUCCGGAAUGUGUCAUUGAAGUGCUUGACCGAAGUAGCCUCGUUGACAGUUCAGGAAUCCAAUUACCAAGCAAAGUUUGUUGAACUUUACACAGUCACAAUUGACAGCAUACCCGCCAUGCUACCUGUUGAGACUGAUUUGAAGGGCACCUGGGACCUGUUAGCGGACAAUGACCAGCAGUUCGUGCAAAACCUCGCACUUUUCUUUACAACUUUUUUCAGUAUCCAUGGCAAGGAAGUUGAGGUUCUGUGCGUAGAUCCGAGUCGAAAGGCCCGUCUGUACCUUGGCCAUCAAUAUUUGCUCGCAAUCACAGCUGUGGAUGACAGAGAGCUUUUCAAAAUCUGCCUGGAAUAUUGGACCAAGCUGGUGGGAGAACUGUUCCAGGAGUCCCUCAGAACGUACGAUCCUCCGCUUCUCAAUCUUUCCGGUAUUCGCACCCCUUUCGGCAACAACAACCCACUACGCAAGCACUUGUAUGCCGAUGCCUUGUCUCGCCUGCGUACGAUCAUGAUUGAGCAAAUGGUGAAGCCUGAGGAGGUCAUCGUGGUGGAAAACGAUGAAGGGGAAGUCGUCCGUGAAUCCUUGAAAGAGAGCGACACCAUCGUGCUGUACAAAAGCAUGCGCGAAACACUAGUCUACUCCACUCACCUCGACUGCGAGGAUAUGGAGAGGAUUAUGUCAGGGAAAUUGCGACGACAGUCCGACGGCUCCGAAUGGUCGUGGGGAAACCUGAACAAACUAUGCUGGGCUAUCGGAUCCAUCAGUGGGGCGAUGGAGGAAGACAUGGAAAAGAGGUUCUUAGUGACGGUCAUCAAAGAAUUGCUCAGUCUUGUCGAACUCAAGAAGGGCAAAGACAACAAGGCGAUCGUGGCAUCAAACAUCAUGUACAUUGUUGGGCAGUAUCCACGCUUCUUGAAAGCGCAUUGGAAGUUCCUCAAAACUGUGGUCAACAAACUCUUUGAAUUUAUGCAUGAAAGACAUGAAGGUGUUCAGGAAAUGGCGUGUGAUACGUUCAUCAAGAUCGCCCAAAAGUGCAAACGUCUUUUUGUUAUCACACAGCAUCAAGAGCCUCGCCCAUACAUCGACGACAUCCUGGAAGGGAUGGGACAGAUAACCAUGGAUUUGGCAACGCCUCAGCUCCACACGUUCUACGAAGCCGUUGGUUACAUUAUUUCCGCGCAAACAAGACGACCAGAUCAGGAAAGGCUGAUCAAUACUUUCAUGGAUGCGGCAAAUAAAGCAUGGGACGACUAUAUCGCGCAAGCACGGCAAAAUCCGACAUGCCUUGAAACACCAGAGACAGUGAAGCUGCUUUCUAAUAUUAUCAAGACAAAUAUCUCCGCGUGCACAUCGAUAGGGCCCUCGUUCUACGUUCAGAUUGCACGAAACUACCUUGACCUAUUGGCCUUAUACGUCGCCGUAGGCGAGUUGAUUGGGCAGCAUGUGCAGACUAAGGGAUUGAUCGCGACGGUUACACCGACUGUUCGAGCCCUGAGAACCAUCAAGAAGGAUGUCCUGCGACUGAUCGAAACGUACAUUCACAAAGCAGACGAUCCACAGACCGUUGUGCAAACUUUGAUACCGCCAUUGCUUGACACGGUCCUUGGUGAUUAUGCGCGCAGCGUUGAGCCCGCCAAGGAUGCAGUUGUUUUGCAUGUGUUGUCGCGCAUCAUGGACGAUCGAGUUGGGCCCCUGAUGAAUGACCAAGUGCCCGCUAUUCUGGACGCCGUCUUUGAAUGCACUCUGAAUAUGGUCAACAAGAACUUCGAGGACUAUCCCGAACAUCGUGUGGGAUUCUUCAACCUGAUGCGAACUAUCAACAAGAACUCUUUCCAAGCUCUCCUGCGUUUGCCACCACCACAGUUCCGAUUAUUCCUCGACAGCAUUGUCUGGGCCUUCAAACACACGAUGCGAGAUAUCAAUGACACGGGGCUCUCGAUUAUCCUCGAGAUGCUCACAAACUUCAGCGAGGUGGAUCGGGCCAUCGCCAAUCAAUUCUACCAGACAUACUUCCUCAGUCUCCUCCAAGAUAUAUUCUUUGUCCUGACAAACCCGUUCCACAAGUCUGGGUUCAAACUCCAAUCCAUGAUCUUGAGAGAUAUGUUCACACUCGUACGCACGCCUGGAAAACUUACUGUACCGCUCUUUGACCCGUCGCAAGUACCAGAUAUGACCAUGACGAACGAGGGCUUCGUCAGCCAGUAUGUCAUGGACUUGUUACAAAGGGCUUUCCCUCAUUUGCAAAGUGCGCAAAUCCGAAACGUCGUCCUUGCCCUGUUCACGACCUGCGAAGAUGAGGCUCAGUUCAAAACCCAUUUGCGGGAUUUCCUUGUGACUCUGAAGGAGUUCACCGGAGACGACAACAGCGAGUUGUACCGUGCAGAGCGCGAGGCAGAAGCUGAAGCGAGAAUCAAACAAGAACGGGAUAAGGCAUUACAAGUACCUGGAUUACUGAAACCUAGCGAACUCCCCGACAAUGCGAUGGGAGAAUGAAGAAAGCUACAUGCUGUUGCGGUGUUAUCUAUUUAUUCAUGCAUUCUUCUGGUGGCCAUUGAGCGGAACGGCGUUGUCUCUUUAUUUCCACUCGAUGUAUCUCAUACAACAACUGUACAUUGCUUUAAUCACAAUGAUGUGCUUCAAGCGCAAAACGUGGUCCUGUUCCAGCGCUUUUGGACUCCCUUUAUUGAAACCGAUCGCCGAUCUCUCAAACUUUGCUCUUCGGAGGUAUGAUUG